AUGAAGGAGUUUUGGAGGCAAUGUGCGUUGUGGUUGAUCAACUGCAAGGUGCUACCACCGACCCACCGGGUGACAUGGGAGUCUGCUCAGGUAUUCGAUCUCGCCCAGACCCUCCGGGAUGGGGUUCUUCUGUGUCAGCUCCUGAACAACCUGAGACCGCAGACUAUAAAUCUGAAAGAGAUCAACUUGAGACCACAAAUGUCACAGUUUCUUUGUCUGAAGAACAUCAGGACCUUCUUAUCCGCCUGUUCGGAGAUCUUCUCCAUGAAGAAGAGCGAUCUGUUUGACCCCUUUGACCUCUUCGAUGUCCGAGAUUUUGGAAAGGUUAUGGACACACUGUCCAAACUCUCUCACACACCAGUUGCACAGCAAAAUGGGAUACGGCCCUUUCCAACAGAGGAGAGUGUAGAAGAUGAAGACAUCUACAACCAUUUAGAGGACUUGAUAGAUGAGAAUGGUGUGGAGGAUGAGGAGGACCUGUAUGACUGCGUGUAUGAUGACGAUGAAGGUGGAGAGGUAUACGAGGACUUAAUGAAGACUGAGACUGGACCACCGCCGAAACAGGCAGAGACAGAUAUCAGGAGCUGUUGUCUGACCGAGAUCAAACAGACAGAGGAGAAAUACACUGAAACACUGGAAUCCAUAGAGAAAUUCUUUAUGCAGCCACUACGACAAUACCUGUCCCCUGCGGAGAUCCAGAAAGUGUUUGUGAACAUUCCGGACCUGGUGAAAGUACACAAGAGCCUUUUGGGGGAGGUGCAAGAGUCAGUUGAACAACACAAUGCUCGAAACCUCUACCAAGUUUUCAUCAAUUAUAAAGAGAGAUUACUUAUCUAUGGGAGAUACUGCAGUCUUGUGGAAACAGCCAUUGCUGUUCUGGAUACUAUCAGUAAGGAAAAGGAGGAUGUGAGGUUGAGAUUAGAGGUUUGUUCAAAAAGAGCCAAUAAUGGAAAGUUUACACUGAGAGAUCUCCUGGUUGUCCCCAUGCAGAGGGUUUUGAAGUAUCAUCUACUACUUCAGGAAUUAGUCAAACACACGCAUGAUGCCACCGACAAGAACAAUUUACGCACAGCACUGGACGCCAUGAAGGACCUGGCUCAGUAUGUUAACGAGGUCAAAAGAGACAACGAAACUCUUCGCGAGAUUGACCAGUAUCAGAAAUCCAUUGAAAACCUGAAUCAGCCCCUUCGAAAUUAUGGGCGGCCAAAAGGUGACGGGGAAGUUCGAGUAAUUUCUGUCGACAAACGAGCCAAACAAGAUAGACACAUUUUUCUCUUUGACGCGGCCGUGAUCGUUUGCAAAAGACGUGGAGACAUCUACGAAAUGAAGGAAAUGAUCGACCUCCACAGUUUCAAAAUCACCAACAACCCCACCUCAGACAGAGAGAACAGAAAGUGGUCCUACGGAUUCUACCUCACACAUAACCAGGGACAGGCUGGCUUUGAGUUCUUCUUCAAGACUAAGGAGUUGAAGAAGAAAUGGCUAGAACAGUUCGGCAUGGCCAUAUCGAACAUUCGGCCUGAGAACGGCAACUAUAACUUCCACGACUUCCACAUGCACACCUUUGAAAAGAUCACCUCCUGCAGCUCUUGUAACAUGCUGCUCAGGGGAAUCUUUAACCAGGGCUACCUGUGCUCCAAAUGUGGUGCAGGUGCCCAUAAAGAGUGUUUGGGCAGAUUGGGGACCUGUGGGAAAACAAACACAGGUUCAGUGCGGACUGAGGCGAAGGCCAGAGACCCAGGCUUCCCAAAGAUGCUGGUUAUCAGGAAUUACUAUGGCGUGCCCAGCCCCAUGUGUGGACCACCCUUAAACAUCCAGAUGAAUGACAUCAUUGAAGUGAUGAGUGCUGAUCUCCACAGCUCCUGGUGGCAGGGUAAAGUCUUGACGACGGGAGAAGUUGGCUUCUUUCCAAGCGACGCAGUGAGGCCGUGCCCAUGUCUCCCCAAACCGGUGAAUUACUCCGCUCAGCCGUGGUUUGCAGGGCUCAUGGACAGAGUGCAGGCUGAAGCAGCGCUCAUGAACAGAGGGAACAGCACCUACCUGGUCCGGCAAAGGGUUCGAGAGAUCAACGAAUACGCCAUUAGCAUCAAGUAUAACAAUGACGUGAAACACAUCAAGAUCUUAACCAAGGAUGGCUGUUUCCACAUCGCUGAGAAUAAGAAGUUCAAGAGUAUAUUAGAGCUGAUUGAGUACUACAAACAUCACUCCCUACGGGAAGGCUUCAGGAGUCUGGACACCACGUUGCAAUUUCCCUAUCGAGAACCAGAGAAUGCCGCUGUGCAGCGCUCCAGACCUGGGGGAAACACCCCAUUGCUCUGUGGGCUUUCUUUUGUAACUCCUGCCGGCUACAGCUUUGUUCCUCCCUCCUCUGCUCCCUUCUGGUCAGUGCUCACCCCGAAGGUCAUAGGAGUAGCCAUCGUGCGGUACGAUUUCAGCUCCAGAGACACGCGGGAACUGUCGCUACAGGAGGGGGAUGUGGUGAAGAUUUACACCAAAACUGGGGCCAACGGCUGGUGGAGAGGGGAAGUCAACGGCAGGGUUGGCUGGUUCCCCUCAACCUACGUUGAAGAAGCAGAGGAGUGA